AUGGUCGCUGCCGACACUUGGAAGUUUCUCGGCCUGACGGUCGCGGCCGGCUAUUCGACGUUGGGCACCUGGGCCCUCCUCGCUCCGCGAAACUGCGCAGAGACGUUAUUCUUGCCCCGUCCCUCCUCGCCAGAGUCACUACACUCUGGCGACGUCGAGCGGUACUCGCGCCUCCUAGGUGCGCGUGACCUGAGCAUGGCAGCCGCCAUGCUGUGGUUCGUGCGCAGUGACGACUGGCGUGCCAUGGGCCAGAUGAUUCUCGCGGGCACGUUUCUGGCUGCCGCCGACUCGUGGGCUGCAUGGAACGCCAAGGGCGCUGCUCUAGGACUGGUGCUGGCGGCGGGUUCCGCCUUUUGGAGUCUCAUCGGGUAUGCGCUAGUCUACUGGAUCUAG